AACGCUGCCCCAGCUGUUUCCUGUUGAAAAUGUCUGUGUAAUGUAGAUACAUGUGAGGGAUUUUCUCUCUAAAUCCGUCUCCUGUUCGCUAAAUCGCACUUCUCCAAAACGAGCCUGCGCAAUGGAACAAAGUCGGAAUAUUGAGAUGUGACAUUGCCUGCAUCUUAUCCUCUUUCUCACUGUUUUUAAUGACUUCAAACAAGUUCAUUUUUGCUGGGCUUUGUCGUGCGGAGACCCGUGGGGAUGUCUAGCGGUCAUUUCUUUCAGUGGCAUGUAUGUGAUGUCUUCAAGAGUGCGAUGUGCUGUAUCUCCUGUACCCACACCCUCUCACUGCUGCUGUGCGUCCUAACCCUGACUUCGGCGGCAACAGGGGCGGGGCCCGAGACCCUGUGUGGGGCGGAGCUGGUGGACACGCUGCAGUUUGUGUGUGGAGAGAGAGGCUUUUAUUUCAGUAAACCAACGGGCUAUGGCCCCAGUUCACGGCGGUCACAUAACCGUGGUAUUGUGGACGAGUGCUGCUUCCAGAGUUGCGAGCUGCGGCGGCUCGAAAUGUACUGUGCCCCUGUCAAGUCUGGCAAGGCAGCUCGCUCUGUGCGCGCACAGCGCCACACAGACAUGCCAAGAACACCUAAGGUUAGUACUGCAGUGCAAAACGUGGACAGAGGCACAGAGCGUAGGACAGCACAGCACCCAGACAAGACAAAAACCAAGAAGAAACCUUUAUCUGGGCAUAGUCACACAUCUUGCAAGGAGGUACAUCAGAAGAACUCAAGUCGAGGAAACACAGGGGGAAGGAACUACCGAAUGUAGAAGAGACAGAAGCUAACGGACAGGUGGACAGGGAUGAGAGAAGGGUGUGCCCAUACCUGGUGCCCCUGUGGAAUGGUUCACUGUAAAACAACAAAAGGUGGAUAAUGGUACAAUGCUAAUGGUAAUAAGCUUUGUGUGUAAUGUCUCUAGCUGAGAGUUAAAGUGCGGGGGUUAUAUGAGAGGUAUUUUGAUUAUUUUAUACACUGCACCAUUUCAUAUUGGAAGGAAUUAUAUUCCAUGUCAAACCAAUGUAACAGACUAGUUUAGCUGCUUACACAUCAAAGAGCUUCUUCUUCUUAUACCUCCAUGUGUCAGCUGAGCUAUAGUGUCCCUGGUGGCCUCUGAUAGGCUCUGUGCUACAUACAGCCAAUAGGAGGGCAGCCAGCAGUUUUACCUGUCUGUCUGUCUAAUGGAGCCAAAGGUCCAUCCUCUUUACCUGAACUCUGAAAGAGUUCAAGCUUUACACUGAGAGGUUGGGCCAUGCAAAGUAGUCGGGCUAUUGGAUAAGUAAUCCCCCCAUUCUCAUCUAACAACCACUGCUUUGAUAAUAUAUUAGAACCUCAAGAGAAUGUUAUUUCAGCUUCAGUCAGUUCUGGCCAAAAGAUGAUUUCACAGUUGUCACGUGUUUCAUUAAGGCUAUUUAUUUACUAUUGUCUGCUUCAACAGACGAUAAGCAUGUUACAUGCAACCAUACCAUAAGAACCUGGCUUUGAGGCAACAAUAUGACCAGAGACCUAUUCUGAUGAUACAAUCUUCUUGUACUGCUAAGCCAUUCUAGUGAAACUGACAGUAAUAUUAUAUUCUGUACUGUAAACAGAAAGUUUGGAGGAGAUUAAAUUUAUAUUUAAUUUGUAAAGACUCACCGUAGAUUCUCUGGAUCUAAUAUGUGGUCUGAUUAAAAAUGGAUUCUAAUGCAGAGGACAGGACAGAGGGGCGCUAAAAAUAGCCAGCUACAGGAAGACGAUUAAUGAUUGAUUUCACUUGGCCUGCAUUCUUUUAUUUUGUUAGCUUAGGGAGGGACCUUUGCUUCUUCUGUAUGAACAUGGACUGCAUGGAUUUUUCAU